GGAAGCCGCAGCCCCCUCCCCUGUCCUAAACCUCGUUAAGGCUCCGGGAGUGAGAGGGUUAAAGGGGCGUCGCCCAGGAUGCCAAGCAAGCGAUAGCAAGUCACCCUCUGGUGUCCUUAUAUGAAUUGAGACGUCAGAGGGGGCGGAGCCCCCUGACGUGUCGAAGGGAGGAUCUCCCUUCCCGGAAGAAGCGGCGCAGCAGGUGCCAUGGAGGAGGAUCAUAGGCAGUCGCUGCGGCGGGCUCGGCUGCGCCUAGUGAAGGAGUUGCAAGUGGAACCCCUCUGGGAUCUGCUGCUGCACCAAGAGAUCUUCACCCCGGAUAUGAUCGAGGAGAUCCAGGUGUGUCUUUUGCUCCCUUCCCCCGCACAAGCGGCCCCUUUGUUCUCUUCCAGCCUUCCCCAAGUUUCACUUCCUAAAAGGCUGAUCCUACCUCAAGUGCUUAGGAGUAUUUGAGGCUGUGAUCCUGUAUGUGCAUUUACAGGAGAGUAAGCCCCGUUGAACUCUGCCUUGUGUCUACUUUGGCUCUUGGACUGCUUUCAUUUAUCUGGUGGGAGCGCCAUCCAUUGUUACAGUAUUUACUUCUGAGUAAACACAGAUAGGAUUGUGCUGCUGGGAGAAGUUUCAGGGGUGCCUUAAAUAUUUUAGGCUGCUUUUCUGGGGCAGUGCCUGUCCAGAAUGGCAUUCAGUAAAAAAUGCAGAAGUUACAAAUAGUCCAGAAUUUAAAAUGUUGAAAACAUAACUCUGUUUUCAGCAGAACUGAGAGAACAUUACUGAGACUAUCACCCAGAAAAUGGACAUCAUUUUGAAAGUGUGCCUUAAGCCAGGGAUGAGGAAGUUGUGGCUCUCCAGGUGUUGUUGGACUCUGACUCCAGGGAUAAUGGGAUAUGUAGUCCGGCAAGACGGGGUGGGGGUUGGGUGAAGGUGCUGCUGCAUCACACUGUUGAUUCAUGUCAAGCUUGUGGUCUACUAAGAUCUCUCAAUCCAUUUCAUGUGUCAGGCCAGGUGUCCCCCAUCUUAUAUUUGUGCAUUUGAUUAUUCCUGCCGAAUUGUAAAACCAUACACUUGUCCCUAUUGCAAUUUGUUGUGUUAGAUUUGGCUCAGUUCUCUAAUCUGCUAAGGUCAUACUGAAUCCUGAUUCUACCUUCUGCGGGACUAUCUACCCCUCCCAGUUUGGUGUCAUUUUCAAAUUUGAUGAGCCGUCCCUCAAUUCCUUCAUCCAAAUCUUUAUAUAUACGUUAUUGAACAACACCGCCCCCAACAAAGGCCUGACUUGCUGACUGCUUGCUGUCUGCAAGGCUGCUCUAGAUUUCAAUAUUGCUGCCUAGCCCUUUGUCCUCUGUUUUCUUCUCCAGUAUGCAUGCACUGUUUGUGAAGUUUUUUGUUUACAAAUGCCAGGAGGAAUAACUUUCGUUUGUCUUCAGAAAGCAGGUACACGCCGAGACCAGGCCAGGCAACUGGUCAUUGACCUGCAGACUCGUGGGAAGCGAGCAUUCCCUGCUUUCAUCUGGUGUCUCCAAGAAACUGGACAGAAUGACCUGGCCGCUUUGCUGAGCACAGGAGGUGACCAGCCACAGUUGCACCCAGCUGAUCUAAAGCCAGUUGAAAUCCGUCCACGUUCUGAACCAAGGGAUCCACGUAUGAUUUCUUCUCUGAUCUUGUUUCAGUUGGGGAUUUUAUAACCUCAUUUUAGCAUGCCUCCGUGGUCCUGAAACUGUAUCUAUAGAAAUCAGGGUGAAAAACAAACAGAGGCCAUUUGUUGUUAAUAUUGCAACCCAGUGUUGCGGUGUAGAGCAUUCCUGUUCAAGCUAACAACCAGCCAUACCUUUUCCCAAGACACUCCAUGCCAUAUACCCUCCUUUUCUUAUACUCUCCACACACUUAAAACAGUCAAUGCAGAUAUAGCAUGGGGGCAGGGAACCAGGAGAGGCAGGGUAAAUGGAAUGGAUUUUUUGGGGAAAGGACAUGGCUGGCACCUUGCUUGCAUGUUUUUGUUGUUAUAUUUCAGUAUUAUUCUUUUUUUAAACUUCUACAAACAGUGAGAUUAUUUUGAGCAUGCUUGAUACAUCCCUCUUAUUUGGUUAGGAUGGGAAGCUGUUAGAGGAAGGCUAUUGUAGAACAUAAAAGGGACACGGGUGGCGGUGUGGGUUACACCACAGAGCUAGGACUUGCCGAUCAGAAGGUCGGUGAUUCGAAUGCCUGUGACGGGGUGAGCUCCCAUUGCUCAGUCCCUGCUCCUGUCAACCUAACAGUUUGAAAGCACGUCAAAGUGCAAGUAGAUAAAUAGGUACCACUCCAGUGGGAAGGUAAACGGCGUUUCCAUGCGCUGCUCUGGUUCGCCAGAAGCGGCUUAGUCAUGCUGGCCACAUGACCCGGAAGCUGUACGCCGGCUCCCUCGGCCAAUAAAGCAAGAUGAGCGCCACAAUCCCAGAGUCGGCCACGACUGGACCUAAUGGUCAGGGGGUCUAUUGUAGAACAUAAAUCAGUAUGCUUUAUGAAGAACAGGCUUCCUAUGCAAGAGGGAUUGCAGUUUAAAACAGAUGCAUGGACAUGUCAGAAGGAGAAAGAGGAUGGGACUAGAGAGGAGGAGAAAAUCCUGUUAUUUCCAUUAAGCAAAUUUUUGCUCAGUUACACUAUGGUACUGGGACCCGGGGGUUGUUCUAAAGCAGGGGUGGCUCACCUGUGACUCCAGCUCCCAUCAGCUCCAGCUCCCACGGCCAACGGUCAUGGAAGAUGAGAGUUGUAGUUGAUCAACGUUUGCAGGGCACCAGGUUUCCCACCCCGUGCCGUAGAUAAUUCUUGCUGCUAAGCAGCAUCUGUGCAGUGUUUACAAGUGAAGAAUUUGGCUUCUUGUAUUGCAUUGCUCAUAGGAAACUUUAUACCAGUUUCAUCAUUAAUGGUCAGGUUUAAUUGUACUGUGGUUGGCCUAUAAUUGUUGCAGUCUGAAUGCAUCCCAAAUGCAUCGAACCCAUAAUGACAGAGCAAUUACUUGGAGUACAUGCGUGCACAUCCCAAAUCUUGGCACCACGUGAAACUUGUGCAGAAACACAGCAGACCCUAUCCUUGCAGGUAUUACGACUUCUGGAAAUUUGCCUUUUCCUGUUCAAGAACUAAAUGAGAGACGCCAGAAACCAUCCCGUGACAUCACGGCCACUCGGGGUAAGGAGAAAUCAGAUUUCUUACGUUAGAUUUUGCUCCUUUCCCACAAUGCCUAAUAAAAAGGCUUCUGGCUUUUUACAAAAGUGUAACUUAACAUCUUUUCAUUUCGUUGUAAAUUUCAUCCCAGAAGCUUUUAACUUUCUUACACUCCCACCAUUGAUGAUAGAAAGUCCCUUCCUUUUGUUUACAUUUCCAGCAUUUGUUAUCUGCCUUAUACAUCUUAGCCAGUUUUACAGGUGUCAUAUACCACCUGUAGAACAUCUUCAUCACAUUUUCUCUCAGUAACGUGCAUGCCGUAAAUUUUAUGUUCACUCUCCAUACCUUUUCCCAAUCCUCUAGUUGAAUGUUAUAACCGAAAUCCCUUGCCCAUUGUACCAUGACAGAUUUUACUUCCUCAUCCUUCGUGUUCCACUCUAACAAUAUUUUAUACAUUUUUGACAGAUUUUUAUAUUCGUUGUUUAUUAUCUCUUUUUGAAAUUCCGAUUCCUUUUCCUCGUAACCCCUUUCCUUCACCUCUUCUUUAAACAUUUCAUUUAUCUGAAAAUAGUGCAGCCAGUCAUAUGUAAAUACUUUAACCUGAUCGUAUGAUUUUACUUUCCACUUCCCUCCUUCAUUAGUAACCAUUUCUCCAUACUUUCCCCACUUUUCUCUCAUGUUAACUUUCUUUACACUUAUUAUCUCCAACGGGGAUAGCCAAUGUGGGGUUUUCGGUUCUAGUAUAUUUUUAUAUCUGUCCCAGACCUCUAUUAGUGAACCUUUAAAGAUGUGGCUACAAAAUUCUUUAUGCACUCUCUUUUUAUCCCUCCAUAGAUAUGCAUGCCACCCAAAUCUAUUAUUGUGCCCUUCCAGAUCUAGUAGUUCUUUAUUCUCCAGCUUUACCCAUUCUUUUAUCCAACACAGACAUGCUGCUUCGUAAUACAGUCUCAUGUCUGGUAGGGCGAAGCCCCUCUUUCUGUUACAUCUGUUAAUAACUUAAACUUAAUUCUAGGCUUCUUUCCAUCCCAGACGUAUCUAGAGAUCACCUUUUGCCAUUCUUUAAAGUUUUAGAUUUUGAUUUCUUACAAAGAUUUCCCAGUUGAUGGUGUGUAACUCACCCAGUGGGUCUGCGGCACCAUUCACAUAACAAAAACUACCAUGGAGAUAUCAGAAUUUUCAAAAGUAGGGUGUCCAUGGCUUGGCUUUUGAAAAACUGCUUUAUAUAAAAUAUAUUUCUAAAUAUUUAUAUGUUGAUCUUUGUCUCAUUCUCUAGGCUCUGUAGAAGAAAAUACCAGAAGGAACGCUGAAACGGUUAGCUUAUUACCAUUUCUGCAAUCAGCAUAUUUAGGGUUUGCUUGCGGGUGGGUGGGGAUGAGUAGCCCCCUUAAUUUUUGUGCACCUUAAUUUUUUCUGUGGCAGCUCAUAGGCAUCCCACAUACAGUACUUAGGCUAGUGUGGUACGUUGGCCAGAAUCACCAGUGACCAUGUUUAGGGAAGUUUUUUAUGACUGAUGUUUUAAUGUAUUUUUAACCUUCUGUUGUUAAGCCGCCCAGAGUGGCUGGGGAAACCCAGCCAUUUAGGCGGGUUAGAUAUAAAUGAUGAUGAUGAACUGGGUGAAAAUUAUUAUUCUUUAUUGGUAUCCCAUUUGUCUGUUAGAACACACUUAUAAAAACCUUUGCAAACAUAUGAACAAGGCUGCCUUUGUCCCAUGAUGGCACAGUACUGCCUAACAUACCUCAAGAAGAGGCCUUUCCUAAAACCAAAAAAUUGUAGAGUUGGAAGGGACACCCCCCCCCGGCUCAUCUAAUUCAACCCCUUGCAAUGCACUGCUCCUUGAAACUCUUUCUAAUGGGGAUGCUUGGGAUUAAUAAUAAUAAUAAUGAUGAUUUUAUGAUAUCCCGCCCAUCUAGCUGGGCCUCCCCAGCCACUCCGGGCAUAUUAAAAACACAAUAAAACAUCAAAUAUUAAAAACUUCACUAAACAGGGCUGCCUUCAGAUGUCUUCUAAAAGUCAGAUAAUUGUUUAUUUCCUUGACAUCUGGUGGGAGGGUGUUCCACAGGGCACGGGUGCCACUACCAAGAAGGCCCUCUGCCUUCUGGGGCCUCCCACUCACAGAGCCUGAGCUGUUGACCUCUCCUUCUGAGACAUACCCUUGGGCCUUGCUCCUGUGGGUUGUUUAAUAUAUGGAAACUUGGUCUCCUCCCACCUCCGGCUAAACCAGCAGUGGGCAACCUCAGGCGCAGGGCCCAAAUACAUGUCUCCUGGCCUCUCUCACUGGCCCUUGCAGCGCUCUCCAUAGGCUCAGGGGUGGGGAUCCUUUUUGGCUCCAUGAGCCAGAUUGUUACCAGGAUCAGCUUCGCAGACCACAUUUGAUGGGCAGGCCCAUCGAUUGACAGCCCAUUUGUGUUCACCUUUCUCUCCUGGACGCUUUUGAUGGCAAACAAGCUGGUUCUAUCUCCCACCUCCAAUGUUGCUUGACAGGUUUACGUCCUGAGAACGGACCCAUGUGGCUACUGCCUUAUCAUCAACAAUGUGAACUUCAGCAGCACCUCUGGCUUAUCCUCCCGGGCUGGGUCCGAUGUGGACUGUGAGAAGCUGGAGAAACGCUUCAGAUCCUUACGCUUUGAGGUCUUGACCCGACGGGAUCUUAAAGCUCAGGUGAGAAUUUCAGAACCAACGCAGAAAGCAACACAGCCUUGAGCAGUACUGUAUGGGCUGCUGUUUCUCACAUUCAGGUCUCAUUAUUGUUGUUGUUGUUGUUGUUGUUGUUAUGUUAUUAUUGUUGUUACAGUUGUACCUUGGAUCCCAAAUGCCUUGCGAGUCGAACAUUUUGGCUCCCAAACGACACAAACCCGGAAGUGACUGUUCUGGUUUGUGAACAUUCUUUAGAACAUGAAAGUCUGAUGGGGCUUCCACGGCUUCUGAUUGGCUGCAGGAGCUUCCUGCAGCCAAUCAGAAGCCACGCUUUGGUUUACGAACAUUUUGGAAGUUGAACAGACUUCUGGAAUGGAAUCUGUUCGACUUCGGAGGUUCCACUGUAUUAUUAUUAUUUACCUGCCCUUCACCAGGAUGUCUCAGGGCUGGUUACAAUGAUUUCAUGAUUCAGAUUUUUUAAAAAAACAUUGGCCCCUGGACUAGGUAGGAUCCCUUUGGCCUGAUCUAGUAUGUCUCUUCUUCUGCUUUAUUUCCCUAGCAAUCAUUAGUCUUGACAAUCACAAGCCCCCAAGGAAUGUUUCCUUGCAGUGGGAAUUCCAGCCCCACAGCCAAAUAGGGAACCCAAAUAAGGAACAGGAGCUGGAAAGGGGAUGAUGGCACUUCCCCCCUCAUCCAUCAUCUCCAGCCUACAGUGUGGGAACCUGAAUGAUUAAGGAGUGUGUCCCUUCCCAUAGGCUUUGACCUGAUGCUUUCUUUCAGCAGUUUUGACACCAGGGUGGGGUUUCUAGAGGGGGCAGAGCUGAGGUUACCAGCUGUGUUGAUGUGGGUGUCUUUAACGUGAGACCUUUGGAAAUAUCUGCAGGAGAUUGUCACGGAGCUCCAGAGCUUGGCCACGCGAGACCACAGCUCUCUCGAUUGUUGCCUGGUCGUCCUCCUUUCCCACGGCUGUCAGGUAGGAGAGGUUGGUGCUCCAUUCACAUCCUAGGAUUGUAAGACCCUUGGGGCAGAGAGCUGUCUCUCUUUGUAUAAUGGAGCUCUUCAAAAUUCUUUUUAAAAGAAAUCUCAAAUCACCUGGCUUCUAGUUGAUCCAUUUUCUUCUUCUUCUUCUUCUUCUUCUUAUUAUUAUUAUUAUUCAUACAGGAAGAAAAUAAAAAAGAGAAAACACAGAUACAGAAUUACACACAGGAAUAACAAUAAACACAAAAUUUUCCUAACAAACAAUAAAACAGAAGUUGGUCUUCACUAUAGACCUGACCUCCUGUCUAUUCCUUAUUUCAAUUUCAUAUUACUUAUUGCCAAUACACAUUUUUAUCAUAAUUUCACUUUUUCUUCAUAUAUCAUAACUCUUAUGUCAAACUUGCAACUAUUACUGAAGUUCCUCGAAUGCUGCAACAGAGUUUAAACUACUAUAUUUAUAUUUUAAAUAUUCUUUGAAAACCUCCCAUUUUGAGACAAAUUCCUGCUUUGAUUUAUUCUUUAUUUUUUCUGAUAGACCAUCUAAUUCGGCAUAUUCUGUCAGCAUUUGGAUCCAUUCAUGUAUAGAGGGAAUUUCAAUACUCUUCCAUUUUGCCAUGAUGAGAGCUCUUGCUGCUGCCGUGGCAUAUAAAGAGAUACCCUUCAUUUUUUGUGGAAUAUCCAAAUCUGUAACUCCCACGAGAUAGGCCUCUGUUUUUUUUAAUAAAGAGAUCUUUAGCAUUUUUUGCAAUUCUGAAUGAAUAUUCUCCCAGAAUACCUGUAUUUUCUUACAUAACCACCACAUUUUUAUAUACAGUUGUACCUCGGGUUAAGUACUUAAUUCUACUCAGAAUAGACCUGUUGAAAAUUAUAGACCCAAGUGAGCCACGUCCAUCAAUUUCAAUAGGUCUACUCUGAGUAGGAGAAACAUUGGUGGCAGCACAAUGUUUCUGCACUAGCUGUAGCCUCCGGACCAUCUUCAAGGGCAUCCCCAUGUCGGGUGCAUGGCAGUGGCCAUUGUGGAAGGUCUAGGAAUUGCUAGCCCUUUGAAUAUAUGGCAUCUUUUAAGGCCACCUGCAAGGAAAGAGACAUCAGAGAAGGCUUGGUACCUGGAAGUUGGCAUGAAUUUCUUUGGAUACCGUUGCCAGCGUUCUCUCCUUGCAGGCAAGCCACAUUCAGUUUCCCGGUGGAAUCUAUGGCACAGAUGGGCGGUCCAUUGCUGUGGAAAAGAUUGUCAGCUACUUCAAUGGGACCCAUUGCCCUAGCCUGAGGGGGAAACCAAAGCUCUUCUUCAUUCAAGCUUGUGGAGGAGGUGAGUGUGUUGAUAGGCCUCUGGGAACUCAGAGUCCAGGACCUGGAGGGAGUUGGCCGUUGAUCUAAGACGGCGGUUCUCAACCUGUGGGUCCCCAGAUGUUGUUGGGCUACAACUCCCAUCAUCCCUGAGCUCUGGGCUUGCUAGCUAGGGGUGAUGGGAGUUGUAGUUCAACAACAUCUGGGGACCCACAGGUUGAGAAAGGCUGUUCCAAGAGGACCAGAACCAGGUGUGGAGGCCAAAGGAAACAAAGGGCUAGUUUCCAGAGCAGAAAACAAUCACUGGAAGGGGCUAGUGUGUCACUGAAACUAGGUAGCGUUCAAGAUUGAAGGCGUUUUCAGAAUGAGGAGGGAGUUAAUAACUUAAGAGGAGUCUGUUGGAUUAGGCCAGUGGCCCAUCUAGUCCAGCAUCCUUUUCUCACAGAGGCCAAUGGGAAAAACUCAAGCAGGACCCAAGCACAAGAACCUUCUCCCCUCCUGUGGUUUCCAUUAACUGCUGUUUAGAAGUUAUUCUGACUCCAGCCAUGGAGGCAGGGCAUAGCCAUCAUGUCUAGUAGUCACUGAUAGCCCUCCUUUCCAUGAAUUUGUCUAACCCUCUCCCCCUGCCCCCAAUUUUUUUUAAUGGAAAUUUUUCAUCAUGCCGUACAAUAAAAAACUAACUGAUCUAAAGGAAAACCCAAAAAAGAAAGAGGGCAGGUAGGAAAAACAAAGUCCUCUCUCUAAGGUAGAUCUUAACCCUUGUCUCCAUAGAAAAGGGUGGACCCUCUGAGCUCUCACCUGGGAGCUUCUAUAUCUUCUCCCAGCCUCCCACCCUGGGAGGUCUUCCCUUCCCUGCCUCUCCACACAGGGUCCUUUGAGAGCCAGUGUGGUGUAGUGGUUAAGAGCGGUGGACUCGUAAUCUGGUGAACCGGGUUCGAUUCCCUGCUCCUCCACAUGCAGCUGCUGGGUGACCUUGGGCCAGUCACACUUCUUUGAAGUCUCUCAGCCCCACUCACCUCGCACAGUGUUUGUUGUGGGGGAGGAAGGGAAAGGAGAAUGUUAGCCGCUUUGAGACUCCUUAGGGUAGUGAUAAAUGGGAUAUCAAAUCCAAACUCUUCGUCUUCUUCCUUUGUCAAGUAUGCACCACCUUCAGGUGUGUAAAAUCCCCACAGUGACCCAGAGUAGAGGACACCAGAAAUAAUAGAAGAAUGGGGAGGGGUUGAGAAAUAAAAAGGGCUUCUGAUUCUCCGCCCGUCAAUUACAGAUAAAAAUAUUAUUCAAAGUAUUCUCUCUAGGGUGACGUCCAGCUAUUCCUGCUUCUGCUAAGUGAUAUUUUCCCAAUCUACAGACCCAAAUGUCUCAAAUUCAUUCAUUUCCCCUUCCGCACAAAAAGUACAAAUGUCAGCAGUCUUCUUCCUCCACUCCGACAUAGCAACUUUACCUCCAAUAACAUCAACAACUGUUCCUCCACGUUGGAAAACAACAAAUCCUUUCGUCUUGACGGCAGCAAUCAGAUUACAAUCUAAACAAAAUUUAAAGAAAGAAUGGGUGUGCGUAGUUUAAAAUAUGGUAAAACGAAGUUCCAAAAGUGAUUUAUUGAUAAUGUUUAGACUGAAACCCAUAAAGUUAAGAGGAAAAACGGACAAGAUUUCAUGGUCGAUAGCACUAAUAUACUGAUUAAACACCAUUUAAAAGAUACCUAAUAAAGCUUAUAAUGCCAAACAUGGGUGGAGGGAAGUCACAGGGGGAAAAGAGGGUGAAAAUAAAUAAUAAUAUUUGGAUAUAUGUAUGUUGAAUGUCAUGUUAAAUUGCUAAAGGAUGAUUUGUUUGUUUUCAAACACAUCAUCGUAGUAUUGCUGCACUGUAAGAGCUAUAAUAAAAAAGAAAGAAAGAAAAGCAAAAAAAAUCCCUUUGUCUUUGUUAACAGUGUCUACCCCGUAGUCAUAUAUUAAAACAACACUCCAUAUUUAUUUGCUUAUUGUAGAAUAGUUAAUUCACAUCCAGUUCUGUAUCUUCCAGUCCUAUUUCCUCAUGGACAUUAUUUUCCAUACUAACUUUUAAAAAAAUAUUUACACACGCUAUUGUGUGGUUCGUGUAUUGUAGAUGUUUUUUGAGAGGUCUGUGCACUUGGGUUUUCUAGAGAAGAAGGACCGAGGGUUUGAAGUGGAUUCUGACCCUUCUGCGGUCGAGUCGGAUGCAUCUCCCAUCCAGGUGCCUGCAGGAGGCUCUGAUCAGACGGAUGCAGUUGCAAGCUUGCCCACCCCUAGUGACAUCCUGGUGUCUUACUCUACUUUUCCAGGUGAGCGAGAUGAGCGCCGCAACCCCAGAGUCGUCCACGACUAGACCUAAUGGUCAGGGCUCCCUUUACCUUUAAUGUUGAGACCUGAGGCCAAACAGCUCUGCUGUUCCUCACCACCAUGGAUUGGCCCUGCUUUCAAGCAUGUACAGUGGUACCUUGGGUUAAGUACUUAAUUCGUUCCGGAGGUCCGUUCUUAACCUGAAACUGUUCUUAACCGGAAGCACCACUUUAGCUAAUGGGGCCUCCUGCUGCCGCCCCGCCGCCGGAGCCCAAUUUCUGUUCUUAUCCUGAAGUAAAGUUCUUAACCUGAAGCACUAUUUCUGGGUUAGCGGAGUCUGUAACCUGAAGCGUAUGUAACCCGAGGUACCACUGUAUUCUCAAUAAGGACUAGACACUUGAUUUUUUUAAAAACAAAAUAUUGCUGAGAUUCUUAGGAAGCUGGCUUUCUGCACCCAGUUCCGAUUUCUGCAAGUUUUCUCUCUGUUUCUGUGAGAUUGCGGGAUCCGCACAACUUCUCAUGGGUCCCCCCCCCCCAAUUCCUUUCUUGCAGGUUUUGUGUCCUGGAGGAAUAAGUGCACAGGCUCCUGGUAUGUUGAAACCCUGGAUCACGUGUUGGAACAAUAUGCCCAUUCCGAAGACCUUCUCAACAUGCUCCUGAGGGUAAGCUCUGCAUGUUUGAGCUGUGAGGCCUGGCUUAGGAUCAUAGAGUUGGAAAGAACUCUACAAUCUCCCCUAGCCUCCUUCUCAGUACAGGAUCUGCAGUGCAGGAUGCAACCUCAGCGUUCCUCACAGUUGGCUCAAGUACAAUGUCAGAGCAGGUUCCUUGGGAUUCAUAACUGGAUAACUUAAUCCCUAUGGAAAUGAGGCUUCUCACUAUCUGUGUAGUGGGUUCAAAGCUUGUUUACUAAUUAUGUUGAAAAAAGUAAGAACUUGGUUGUGUGUGGGCUCAGAAGUCUUCUAAACUGUGGAAUUCUACGUGUGCUGUGAAGCAAAAAAAACCCAAAAUAUUGUGGCUUAACGUCAGAAUUAAUUUAAGGUCUAGAAGCCAAGCCUUUUGAGGAAUGGUUGAAUAAACUGGGUACGUUUAGCCUGGAAAAGAGGAGACUGAGAAGAGGUAUAAUAGCCAACUUCAAAUAUCUCAAGGGCUGUCACACGGAACAUGGAGCAAACUUGUUUUCUCUUGCUCUGGAGGGUAGGACUUGAGGCAAUGGCUUUGAGUUACAAGAAAGGAGAUUGCGGCUAAACAUCAGGAAGAACUUUCUGACAGGAAGAGCUAUUCGCCAGUGGAACGGUCUCCCUUGGGAGGUUGUGGAAUCUCCUUCCUUGGAGGUUUUUAAGCAGAGGUUGUUUGGCCAUCUGUCAUGGAUGCUUUAGCUGAGAUUCCUGCCUUGCAGAGGGUUGGACUAGAUGAACCUUGGGGUCUCUUCCUUCUCUACAAUUCUAUUAUUCUAAAUAAAUUCAGACAAAGUCGGACCAAAGCUGAGCUGUGGUCCUUCCACCAAAUUUCCAGUCUCUUACUCCACCUAGCCAUCUUUCUGUUGUCUGAUGCUUGAAACAUCCCUUUUGUUGUCUGAUGCUUGUGUGUAAGAACAGGUGGAGCAAAUGGUUUCUCCCUUCUCUCGCCCAGGUAGCAAAUGCCGUUUCUGCAAAAGGGGAAUAUAAGCAGAUGCCUGGCUGUUUUAACUUCCUCCGGAAGCGAUUCUUCUUCACAGCCAAAUGAAGACGCCUUGGCGAAACUUUGCCUUUAACAAACCCAGGGGAAGAGACCAGCCCUCUCGCAGAAGAUGUCAAGAAGGCAGAUGCUGGUGAAGCAGCUGUCUUAUGGCUGGGAAGGGGAGCCUGUGUCUCUCCAGAUGUUGUCGGACUACAGUUCCCAUCAUGCCCAGCCAGCAUGGCCAAUCGUCUGGAAUGAUUGGAAUUGCAGUCCCAACAAUAUCUAGAGAGCUGCGAUAUCUCCAGAUCUUACGGAUUUGUUUCGUCUUGAAGCCAUCAGGAGAGCAAAUUUCACCACUCUACAAAGAUUCUUCUCUUCUCUUUCUGGUUUCCGAAUCACCCAUUGAUCCCUGAGAAAAUGGCCAGGGAAACCAGUUUGCACCAAAAGCCUGCCUCCUUCCAAGGUGUCCUCCAGCAAUUUAAGAUCCCCCUCUAUUACCUUUUUCUGUGUCUGUAUUGAAGGCAUUCCAAAUUACUUUUUCCAAUUGCCUGUCUUCCUUUGCAAAAGUGAUUGAGGGGAAGCUGCGGCUGUUAAGCCAGCUCAUGUUGGAGGUGUAAACAGGCCGCAGAUGAAUAAUAGAGGGCUGUCUCCAAAGUUAGCCCUACUCAGAGUGGAUCCAUGGAAAUGACUCGCUUAGAUCCAUUGUUUUCAGCGGGUCUACUCUGAGUAGGACUUGGUCAGCUACAACCCAAUAGUUUAAAAAGCACUUAGUUGGGGGAAGAGGAUGUGCACGUUGUAUGUGCACAAUUAAAUCUAUAUUUCUCUGCAGUCUGUCUUGUUCCUUAUUUAGACUCUGUUGUCUGUGAAACUGCUCAGUGGCAGGAGCAAGGACAGAACAUGAUCUGAAGAGCAUCCCAAAUCCUGAUAAUUUUGAUAAUUCCAUGCCCUUGUGGUGUCUGUUCAUGCCCGUUUCAGUUUAUUUUUGGAAGGUCUGCUGAAACUUUUAAGAAUUUGCUUUACAUGAAACUUGAGCCAUCUUUAGGGUGCUUGUCUGACAAAUUUACCAAAUAUGCCCACUCAACUGCUUAGUUCUGUGGAACUAGUACUGAUACAGGUGCCACAUAAUACUCAUUCUGCAUUUGUAAGAAAUCAAUCUUUUAGUGUGGCUGCGCUCACAACUUUGGAACUUCCUGCCUAUUGACAUGGGGCUGGUGUGUUCACUGCACUCUUUUCGAUGCAUGCUAAAAAACUUUUAUUUAGGCAAGUCUGGCGCUGUGGGUUAAACCACAGAGCCUAGGACUUGCCGAUCAGAAGGUUGGCGGUUUGAAUCCCUGCGACGGGGUGAGCUCCCAUUGCUCAGUCCCUGCUCCUGCCAACCUAGCAGUUCUAAAGCAUGUCAAAGUGCAAGUAGAUAAAUAGGUACCGCUCCGGCAGGAAGGUAAACGGCAUGUCCGUGUGCUGCUCUAGUUCACCAGAAGCAGCUUAGUCAUGCUGGCCACAUGACCCGGAAGCUGUACGCCGGCUCCCUCGGCCAAUAAAGCGAGAUGAGCGCCGCAACCCCAGAGUCGGUCACGACUGGACCUAAUGGUCAGGGGUCCCUUUACCUUUACUUACCCAGAUAUGUAGAAUGUGGACAGGUGUUUUAAUCUGUUUUUAAUUUUUUUUUUUUAAUGUUUUCAAUUUUCAACUGUUUUUACUGAUGGUGUUAUGGCAUUAUUCUUUUGUAAAUUGCAUUGAGGGUUGCUUUUUUUAAAAAAAAAUUACAAUCAGAAUGUAUAUAAAUUUAUAUAAAUAAAAAACAUGAUGUUUCUGACUUACAGCUGCUUGGAGUGUUCUUGCAUUUUGGCAAAUGCAUCCCUUCCUGACAAGUUACCUUGGUUGUCUCUGUUGAGACAACGUGGUCAUUGCCUUUGCAUGUAUUGGAGAAAUUUCUGUUGGUGUGUGGGUGAAGCAGAUGCAUGCAGUGUGAAAGUAACCUUUGGUUCUGCCAAAGGUUUUAGUUUUGCUAUUUUUGUGUUUCUGAUUGUUUUUAAUUCUCUCAUCUAUUAAAUCACCUUGGGACAGUGGUUGAGAAGGCCAAUAAUAAAUCAGUGUUAAUAAGAACUGAAUAAAACACCAUAAAUCAGCCAGCCAGGAGAUUCCACUAUGUACCUGAGCAGCACAUGUUGAAUUUUGUAACCCCUCAUCAGAACAACUGGAAACUGCUAUUUAACAUGUUGGAUUGGGCAAAGUGGCAGAGAAUUGAAAAGAGGAGAUCGUAGAUACAAAAAAAAAAGUGCUCCCAGCAUCUGGGACUGAACACUCUUGCUUGGAUUAUUGCAAUGUUUGCUUUUGUUUUAUUGUGCAACUGAUGUUAUUCUUAAGACAGCGUUCCUGGCCGAUUCUCUCUGGGUUUCAACACUCCUCACCUUAAUACUGCGCCAUCACCUACAGACAAUGCAAAAGAAAGAGGAAGUGUGAGUAUUUGUCUCAAAAAGCAAGAAUCAUUGGCUUAUUUGCCUUUGUAUAUACAGUAUUCAUUUUUUUAAAAGGUUUCAUCUGUAUUUUGAUCAUUUUAUGAUGAUUGCUGAUUUCAUAUCGUAUGCAUAUUUUACCUUCUCUUACAUAAGCCGCUUAGAGGGUGGUUUUUGUUGUUUGGGAAAAAAAACAAGCCUUGUAUAAAACUUGUAAAUUGCUUUUUUUGUGGCAUGUCCCCCCCCCCCCUCAUCCCAUUUGUCUCACAUGAACUGGUUUCGCAGAUGGCAAUGGUGGGAUAGGGGCUUGAGAUGCAUAUAAUGGCUAUGAGUGGGGACCUGGAUUGGCUGCCAAAGACCCUCCCUUUCAAAACCAAAAUCUCUCCAGCCAUCUUUCGCCCAUAUCCACCCUUGCUUUGAGUUCUAAAAGCAGGAUGGGCAGAUUAGAGGCAUUAGAGAUGUCUGCUAGGUUCCCAGAGACCUUUGGUUACCUGAGGCAAAGGUGAUCUCCUCCCUCCUCUGCAGAAACCACACACUUCCAAUUCCAUGUACAAAACCUGCCCAGACUGGCAGCUGAAUCUGAGGGCCGUUUCCAGACUGAAUGGGGAGUGCUUACUUUGGGGAGGGCUCAAAGGGGCAAAAUAUUUUGUAAAUGAUUUCGAGUGGAAUGAAUUUGAAUUGCAUGCCUAUGGCUGCACUCUGCAGAAAUCAAAUGCAGAAAUGAAAAAGGGGGGGGAAAGGUGCGUGUGUUCCUAAUGCACCAAAUCCACAUCGGAAACAGAGCCAGGGAAUUGGACGCUUCAGAAAUCCAGAGGAAAAUGUGGGUGUAGCCUCAGUCGAAAGGCAGAUCUUCCCCUGCCGCCUUUCAUCCCAAAUGUGUUCUGUCUCUACUGAAGCCCACUCUUGGCGCAGCAUCCAUAUUAAGCAGCAAGGAUGGCGGACCGGCCUCAAGGUGUGCUGCUCACCUGCGCGAUCCAGUCGUUGAAGGCGGAGACCCGCGUGAAGACAGACGGCUUGCGGUAGUAGUUGCAGCCAAGAGAGGAACCGAAGCUGACCACUCCGUGCACCUCCCAUUUCCCACUAGAGUUUUGGCAGUUGAGUGGGCCACCGGAGUCCCCCUGUAAACAAGCCAAGCAGAAUUUGAUGGAGCUUUUGGGGAAGGAGAUGCUCUGGGUCACCACGAAUGCUCUGCGUUGAGGAAUGGGGAAUGGGAAAGUACAGGGGCAUAAUUGAUUGGGGAAGGGCUGGGGCUCAGUGCUUAGAGCACCUGCUUUGAAUGCAGAAGUUUCAACCUUUGGCUGCUCCAGAAGUGCCUGCUUAGCUUAUACAUAAGUCCAUGUAUAAGCUAAGCAGGCUAUAGCUUAGGGCUCCACUCUCUUGGGCCCCCCAAAAAAAUUUAAAGGAAAAAAACCUGGAUGUACAUUUCCAAAAUAUAAGAUAAAAAACAAAUAAAAUAAAACCUACAAUUAUUAUUUCAUGUGAUAGCAAGUUUCUAGAGACUAGAUUAUGAGUCUUUGUAAAUUGUGUUUCUAAAGGAACUUUUGUUAUUGACAAAUGCCAAUGUGUUUGCAUUAUCAAGUUUGUUAUAAAUAAAAAAA